AUGAGCGGAACCAUCGCCAGUAACAACAUCCAAAACAUGGCCUGGCUCGCUGAACGCGGAGUCUCCGAAGAUGCCAUCUCGCCUCCGCUUCCUCAGGCGGCCGGUUACGCGGUUGUCCUCGGCGUCGGCGUCCUCAUUGCAUUGAUUAUGAUGGCGUUGACGCGCCUGCUCAAGACAACUGUCGGCGAGGACAACAAAACAACGGAGAUGUUCAUGACCGCAAACAGAAGUGUGGGCACGGGGCUCACAGCGUCAGCGGUGGUAUCUUCCUGGCUCUGGAGCACUGCGAUGCUUGGCAGCACGCUCGUGGGCUACAACUUUGGUGUCGCCGGGCCAUUCUGGUUCGCAGCGGGUUGCUCGCCCAUGAUUGUAUUUUUCGCGGUCCUUGGUAUCGCGUGCAAGAUGAGGAUCCCGGAGGCGCACACGUUGCUCGAGAUCGUACGAAUCCGGUACGGCAAGCUGGGGCACAUUGUUUGGAUCAUCCUUUGCCUCAUAAACAACAUCAUUGCCAUAGCCAACAUGCUUCUCGGCGCCAGUUCUGCUAUAUCAGCAUUGACUGGCAUGCACGUCAUCGCUGCGACGUUUCUUUUACCCGUGGGCGUGGUGCUGUACACCUUCGUCGGCGGCAUCAAGGCGACCUUUCUGACCGACUACGUCCACACGGUCUGCAUUACCAUCAUCAUUUGCUUCUUCACCAUCAAGACUUUUGUUGUUCCCGAGAUUGGCUCGCCCGCCGGCCUGUACGACAUCGUCGAGAAACUGGGGCGAAUGAACCCCGUUGCAGGGAAUGAAGACGGUUCAUACCUGACUAUGACGAGCAAGAACGCCAUCUUAUUUGGCAUCAUUCACAUACUGGCCAAUUUCGGGCUGGUCAUCAUGGACACGGGGUUCUUCUCCAAGGCCUUCUCCGCCGCGCCCCAUGCAGUUGUGCCUGGGUACAUUGUCGGUGGCAUCGCGUACUUUGCCAUACCGUGGUGCCUGGGGACGCUGAUGAGCUUCUCCGCGCUGGCGCUGGAAGGUUCGGAGCGGUUCCCAACGUUUCCGAGACGUAUGUCACCUGUUGAGGUGUCCAACGGCCUUGUGCUUCCAUACGCCGCGGUAGCAAUCGCGGGACAAGGCGGCGCCAUCGCGGUGCUCCUAAUUGUGUUCAUGGCCGUCACGAGCACAAUUAGCGCUCAAGUCAUUGCAGUAUCCUCCAUCCUUAGCUUUGACAUUUAUCGACAAUACUUCAAUCGGCAGGCGAGCGACAGGGAUGCCAUUCGAUGGAGCCACAUCGGUGUGGUGGCCUUUGGCAUCUUCUCUGCCGCCUUUUCGACAGCGCUCUACUACGGGAAUGUAGACCUGGGGUGGACGCUCUACAUGCUCGGGGUGUUGACGUGCCCGGGGAUCUUUCCGACAGUAUUCACGAUCCUGUGGAAGAAGCAGUCCAAGGCGGCUGCCAUCAUCUCGCCGCUCCUGGGCAUGGCCAUCGGCAUUGCGGUCUGGUUGGGCUCGGCAUCAGCUCUGUACGGCGAGGUCAGUGUGGCGUCGACCGGGCAGACCCUGCCUUGCGUUUACGGCACAGUCGCGUCGGCACUGAGCCCAGGCCUUCUGUCAGUCGUCAUCUCGCUCGCGAGACCGGCGAACUAUAGCUGGGCGGACUUCCGGAACGAGCGACUGGCAUUCAACAAAAACCCAGCUGCAGACUCGGACGAAGAGCUGAAGACGCACGAGGAGAUUGUGCAACGGUACAAGGAUGACAAGGUUAAGCUCAAGCGAUGGGGCAGAAUCGCCGCCAUCUGGGCUGCGGCAACGUUUUUCGGCCACUGGGUCAUAUGGCCGCUUCCGAUGUAUGCCGCAAAGUACGUCUUUGAGCGCGGAUUCUUCGUCGCCUGGGUCUGCGUAUCCAUUGUCUGGGUCUGGGCAACGAUGCUUGUUGUGAGCUUCUAUCCAAUUGCUGAUGGCUGGCGACAAAUCCAACAAGUCUACCGUGGUUUGCGGCGCCUCCCGAAGUAA